ACACUCCUCCGUUCUUGGAGUGUCCAGUAAAAAAUAAUUCCAUGCAUGGAGCCGAUCCCUGCGCAUUUCCCGAUUUAAAACAUUCCCUGAAAGGAGAUCCUCGAUGGGGGGAUGGGUCGCUCCUCAUCAGGGAUGUACAGCUGACUGAUAACGGCGCGUACGUCUGCAGAGUGGAGCUCGACGGGUGGAGGAACUUUCAGGAAGCAAAGACAGAGCUUUAUGUUGGAGCUGAGCCUCACAUCCUGAACCUCUCUGUGGUGGAGAUGCCCUGUGGCUCAGACAGCGCCCCCCGGAGGCUGCAGUGUCGAGCUGAAGGUAACCCGCUGCCUAAGAUUGUGUGGCUGUCGGCCUCCAGACGCAUGUUAGAGAACAAGGGUGAGUCCUCACAGUCCAGCCUGUACCAUGUGACCAGCUGUGUGCCGUACCUGGAGGAGGAGGAGCUCACCUGCAGGGCGGAGGGUGCACUAAACCACACGGAGAGGACGUAUCCAACCAGAGAGCCUCAGGACCAGAGUGAAGAGAGUGAAGAGAGUGAAGAGAGUGAAGAGAGUGAAGAGAGCGACUCUCUGAAGAUCCCUCUGAUCGUGUGUGCUGUCAUCGCUCUCCUGAUCCUGAUCGCAGGAAUCGUCUUUUACUGCCUGAGGCGCGAUCAUCCACAGCAGGUCUCACAGUCUGCAGCUCAUGAAGAAGGAUUUCAGGCAUUUUACUCAGUGGCUGCGGCGCCCAACUCCACUUCCUGUGAGUGUUUUUCAUCCAUCCUCUUCCACUUAUCCUCGUCCUGA